GUUGUAAGGUGACGUGUUGUUGGUGAGAUGAGUGAUUCGGAAGAUGACGAUAUCCCCCGGCUUUCUCUCCACACCUUAGCAGCUCUCCAGGAAUUUUAUGCUGAGCAGAAGCAAUGCACUGACCCAUGUGAGGAGGAGAAAUAUAAUAUUGGAAUAAUAGAUGAGAACUGGCAGUUGAGCCAGUUCUGGUACAGCCAUGAAACAGCCUUGCGACUUGCGCAGGAAGCCAUUGCUGCUGCUGGGGAAGGUGGCAGAAUAGCUUGUGUGAGUGCGCCCAGCGUGUACCAGAAACUCAGAGCACUGCACAGACAAGACUUCUCUGUGUACAUCUUUGAAUACGACAGAAGAUUUGCCAUGUAUGGAGAGGAAUUUAUCUUCUAUGAUUACAAUCAUCCAUUGAAUUUGCCAGAGAAAAUUGCUGCACACAGUUUUGAUAUCGUUGUGGCAGAUCCUCCCUAUCUUUCUGAAGAAUGCCUCAAGAAGACCUCAGAAACCAUCCAGUACCUGACACGGGGCAAAGUCCUCCUGUGCACAGGUGCUACCAUGGAAGAUCAGGCCGCACAGUUCCUGGGAGUGAAGAUGUGCAAGUUUAUUCCAAAACACACCCGAAACUUGGCCAAUGAGUUUCGCUGUUAUGUGAAUUAUGAUUCUGGUCUGAACUCUGAGAGCUAAAUACAGAUGGCAUCAGGAGACCACAUCUCUAUAUUGCCUCAGCUGGCCUUGAACUUUGGGUUCAAGCGGUCCUCCUGCCUCAUCCUUCUGAGAACCUGAAGUGUGUGCCACAAAACUGGCUUCAGGAACAUUAGGUAAAUAAAAUAUGGGUCACCUGAACACAAACAUUGUGAUACCACACUGCUGAACUUAAUCUAGAGCUAUUCAUUGCAAAGUGACUAACAGGUAGGUAGCACUUACAGCAUGGAAAUGCUGGGAAAAGUGAUGUUUCAAGUUCUGUGGUAUGAAAUUUUCUCACUACACUAUGUUACACAUGUAAAACUUGUGAAUUUUCCAUUUAGGAUAGAAAGUUCUAGUAGCUCAGUAGCGCUAGUAGCUCAGGCCUAUAAUCUGAGCUAGUCAG